AAAGGAAAACGAGGUUUCUCAAGGUUAUAUCCAUUAUUUGUUGGUGCCGUGCUCGACCCUAAGUGGCUGUAUUGGCCCUGCCACAUCCCGCCAGGAUUUGUAUCCAGCGUGCCAGACCAUAGUCAAGUGUCAAGGGCUUGUUGAAACCCAUUUUUAUAUAGUUACCAAUUUUCAGAAAUGUCAGACAGUAUUUCUAAGCCUGAGUGAAGGGUCAGUAGUUGUAAAGAGCUGCUCUUGCGCGUCCACCAGAGUCUGCGUCCUCGCAAUAUAUAGUCGCUCCACCCUCCCUCCUCCGUUUUGGACAUUUGGCAGACUAAAAAUUUCAGAUACAUCCUCAAGAUACUUGUUUCCCUUCCUUUUUCCUACUACUUCAAUUUUCCGCGGGUAAACCUCCGACCGACACUACCGAUUAAUAUGCAUAACAUAGUGAUUCUCGGCGGAAACUGGGCUGGCGUUUCCACAGCACAUUACCUCCUUCGACACGUGUUGCCUCUGCUGAGGAAUGAGAAAUCGCAAUACAUGGUUACGCUCGUAUCCCCAUCUACUCAGACCUUCUUCAAUGUGGGAGCCCCGCGAGCUUUAGUAUCGGAGAAAGUCGCGAACGCCAAGCCGUUCGCCUCCAUCCUUGAUGCUUUCAGCGAAUACAAGUCUUCCGAGUUUACCUUUAUCCAAGGCGAGGCGGUGGGAGUAGAUGGGCCAGCCAAGACGGUGUCCCUCAAAAGCGUUGUGACGUCUGACAGGCAGUUGAUUCGAUACGACUCAUUGGUAAUUGCUACAGGGUCAACAAGUGCCAGUCCACUAUGGACAUUGCACGGUGACCACAAAGUCACCCUUGCUGCAUUUCAAGACAUCAAAACGAGCCUGCCCUCCGCAAAAACAAUCCUGAUCGCCGGAGGCGGUCCCUCGGGCGUUGAAACAGCAGGCGAGAUAGCCUAUCUAUACAGAAACAAAGAUAUCACACUUCUGUCUGGAGGUAUGCGUCUGCUACCAAGGUUUCAGAAUGACAAGCCGGGAAAGAAGGCAGAGCAACAGCUGGCAUCGCUGAACGUGCGAAUAUUGCAUAAUGUUCGCAUCACAUCGUCAAAUACGGCCCAUGGGGAUGAAGUGUCGGUAGUUUUAAGCGACGGCACUGCCAGAACUGUGGACAUGUUUAUCGACGCAACGGGCGGCGCGCCAAAUACCAGCUUCCUUCCAACAGCGUGGCUCGAUGGCAGCAAACGUGUCGCAACGGACAUGGGUACUCUUCGCAGCACCAAGGCUCCUGCUGGCGUUUACGCAAUCGGCGAUGCCGCAUCGUAUUCUAAAGGAACCGUCCCGGACGCCACUUGGGCAGUUCCCGCUUUAGGGUAUUCUAUCUGGUCAGAUUUACACAGGGCUGCAACGAAAGACGGAUCCCUAAAGGAAGAUACCGUAGGAAUGGCAACGUUGAAGGAGAAGAAAUACAAGCAGUUUGAGAAAGAUAUGGGGAUUGUUCCCGUGGGGCCGGAAGGUGGUGUUGGUGUACUCUUUGGGUGGAGUGUUCCGAGCUUUUUGGUUUGGCUGUUAAAGGCGAGGACUUUCACGUUAGACAAAGCAGCGGGAUUAGCUAAUGGGUCGGACUUUUUGAAGCCUUAAUAGAACUUAGAAGCUUAAAGAAUUGAUACGAAAUAAAGGUGACCAG